UUUCCAUACGCCUCUUUCUAUUGCGAAUACGUUCCCUAUCUUAAAUUCUUAAGAGAAUUGAGCUAAGUUUCCGGUAAUCGAUCCGCACAAGCACAAAAUCAGUCUCUGCCUCGCAAUGGAGGAGGAAGCUCAGCGGUGGAGCGUAACGUACACGAAUCACGUUAAGCAGAAGCGGAAAGUCUAUCACGACGGCUUUCUACUUGUUCAAUCAUCUCGAAAUAAGUUCAUGCUGUAUGAUGAAUGGGACAAGCUCUUGGAGACUAGGUUUGUGAAGAAAGAUGAUCUCAUCACAUCUGGUGAAACUAUCACAUUUGGUUCUUACCUUGUUGACCUUGGUGAGCUAUGUCAAGGCCAUCGACCUACAUCUAUUUUGAAAUCUCAAGAUCAGGGUGGGAAAUUUGCAGAAACAUCCAGUUCAUGUUACUACGACUCCCAAAAUAGGAAGCCUAUGGUUGGGAAAAGAAAAGGACGAGUCAUUAACAUAAGCCCAUCACAGAAAAUGAUCAGAGAUUUCAAGAAAAGUGAAGUGAAUAAGUUAGAUUCCUCACCAAAUUGUAUGGAUAUGACACUCAGCACAAAAGAAUGGCAGGUCUUAUACACGUCACAAAUAACACAAAAGGCAAAGAAAUAUCAUGAUGGCUUUCUACAGCUUAUAAUUCGUGGAUCACAAGGAAGACAGGUUAAGCUGUACGAUACAAACAGGAGACACUUAGAUGGAAAGUUUCUGAAAAAGGAUGAAAAAAUUUGCUCUGGUGAAUCACUUGUUUUGGAUGGUCAUUUAGUGGAUAUUGGAGAGCAGGAAGAAGAUCAUAAGCAUCCAACUGACUUAAACAUUCAAGGAAAAAGCUGUGACAUAGCUGGAAAAAGUGAUUUCGUUGAUUUCCAUACCAAAAUCCCGACUAUUAAAAAUUUUCCUGCUGGAAAAACACCAGGUGGCACCUCUCAAGGCACACUUACUAAAUUAAGUGAUCCAAGCUACAAGUCUGAAAACAUCAAAUUAUAUGUGGGAGAUGCAGAGCCUAAACGUUCUGUCUGCGAUAUAUUGUCCAUUCUCAGACAACCAAGUGAGGGGAAGGUUGUCUCUGUGAAUAAGCCUUUUACCGAGGAAUGUGCUGUGUCACAUCCUUCAGAGUUUCUGUCUGGUACCAAUAAUCAUAUAAAAGAGGAAGAAUGUAGUGGAACUGCAAGACAGGAAUUGAGACAAAAAGGGUCAGAGCAUGAUAUCAUGAUUAAGGUUAUAAAAUCUGAACCUACUGAAGUCAAGAUAAAAACUGAAAAGAGUGAAAUUCCUGAAAAUGGAAGAGUACCUCCAGCUAGACCUUCUAGCUUUCAUCUCAGACAACAAACAGGGAACUUUGUAUCUCCUGUCUAUGAUGCACGUUCUUCAUCUAUGAAGUCUCAUGAAGAAGCCGCUGCUGCAAUGAAUGCUGAUAGCCAAAAGGAAGUCAUAGGUCUCACCAGAACAUACAAUAAUGAAGAGCAAGAAAACAUAUUCCCAUGUGAAGAGGUUGUAGUUGGAUCAAAUGCUGCACUAAAAAAUGGUUUGAGCUGCAGGAAAUCAGCUGAGAAACACAAGAAGGGAAGCAGUUCUAGAUGGAACAAUGAUCUCAAAGAGGCAAGUCUCAAGACAAAGGAUAUGGAUGAGAUCCCGAGUUUUGAUCUUGGAUUUUGAGAGGAACCUUGACAGAAUAUUGUGUGCC